AUGCCAUCUAACCGGACGAAGCAUACCUUGUACCGCAUCCAACGGCCCCCAACAGAGUUUGUCGUAGAUGCCCAGAUUGACCAAGCAGUCGGAAUCUGUAUUCGCGCAUAUGACGGCGAUACUGCGCUAAAGGCUAUGCUUGGAGAUGAUCUCAAGCUCACCGACAUUUUCUUCCGCUCUAUGCUACGAGGUGGCGCACUUGAAGGCUCAUUCUAUAUCGCGAACGACGGAAAAAAUACCUCUGUGGUCUCCUCGGUGUCUGUUUGCUUCCCGCCAGGCGUAUCUUGGGUGUAUCUUGUUGGGGAAGCGAAGAGCAGCGGAAACUGGGAUUUUAUGAGCUCUGGGAUGGACUCUCUCCUGAAACGAAACAUUGGUGGGAGGGCGCACAAAGGCAAGCGUCGGCUUGGAACGGAAUGGGUAGUCAGUCUCAUCGCGACCGACCCUGCUGAGCAGCACAAAGGCCAUGCCACAUCUAUUAUGAAUGAAAUCUGUGACCAGGCGGCGCGCGAACACAGAAUGGUGGGGCUCUCUACGCAGACCUUGGACAAUGCUGCGUGGUACGAAAGCCUGGGAUUCACUAAGCUCGGUGAAAGACAAGUAGCUGCGCCAACGAAUGAUUUUCCUAGUAUUUUACUCGUCAAGGAGCCCAGCUCAUAA